AUGCUAGGAGGAAUUGGCGACGGUCUUCAAACUCACUCUGUCAAGAUUCCGUCUUGGCGCAUUCUAGUUGAUCAUGGCGCCAUUACUCAAGAAGUCCUCGACCACGUGUAUCCAGGAUCGGGAACCGAAGAAGACCCGUUUGCUGUGACUUGGAUUCCCAACGACUGCCGCGAUCCGCAGUUAUUCAGCUUUCCCAGGAAAUUAUGUAUCACACUUGUUGCCGCAUCCUCCACUCUGAUCGUCUCCCUGGGAUCCUCUGCGUACAGCGGAACUGUCGAUGAAAUUAUUACCGAGUUCAACGUCUCCAUUCAGGUCGCAACACUCGGUUUAUCGCUGUAUGUUCUGGGCUUUGCGAUCGGUCCGUUAUUUUGGGCUCCUAUGAGCGAAGUAUGCGGUCGCCAGAUUUCGUUCCUGAUCAGCUUAAGUGGCAUGGCCGUGUUUCUGGCUGGCUGUGCUGCCGCUCCAAACAUCUGGUCGCUAUGUAUCCUUCGUUUCUUUGCUGGCGCUUUCGGCUCAGCACCAUUCAGUAAUGCUGGCGGGACCAUUUCAGACAUGUUUUCAGCCAGGCAGCGAGGUCUUGCUCUAAGCUUGUAUGCCGCCGCCCCAUUCCUUGGUCCAUCCAUAGGUCCUAUCAUUGGUGGCUUUCUUGGCAUGAAGGCAGGUUGGAGAUGGGUAGAGGGCUUCCUUGCUGCUACUUCGGGGUUUGUUUGGGUCUUGACGACACUUUUGAUCCCGGAAACUUACGCGCCUGUUCUUCUGAUUCGACGCGCGGAACGUCUCUCGGAGAUAACGGGCAAAGUGUAUCGAAGCAAAAUCGCUUUACAGAAAGAACGACUCUCUCUUGGUGGACUGCUCAGAAGAUCUCUAUCCAGGCCACUAGUGUUGUUAUUCAAGGAGCCUAUUGUUAUGCUCUCUGCGGUGUAUGUCGCCAUCGUCUACGGGACUCUAUAUAUGCUCUUUGCUGCAUUCCCUAUUGUGUUUGAGGAUAUCCGCGGAUGGAACCCUGGUGUGGGAGGCUUAGCAUUCCUUGGGGUGAUGGUUGGCAUGAUUAUUGGUAUUAUUUGCACUAUUCCUGCCAACUUCCACUAUAUAAAAAUCCAGGACCUCCAUGAAGGAUAUGCGCCUUCAGAGACUCGACUCAUCCAGUGCAUGCCUGGCGCAUUGGCAAUUCCAAUUAGCCAAUUCUGGUUCGCAUGGACGAAUUAUCCUUCUAUCCAUUGGUCAGUCUGCAUAAUUGGCACAGCUCCGUUCGGAUUUGGUGUGAUUUUGAUCUACCUAGGGAUCAUGAACUAUCUCAUCGACUCCUACACCAUCUAUGCCGCGUCUGUGCUGGCGGCUAAUACCGUUUUACGGUCGAUAUUUGGUGCCAUAUUUCCUAUCAUUGCUACAUGGAUGUAUGACGGAAUCGGUAUUCAUUGGGCUCCGUCGAUUCCAGCCUUUUUGUCGGUGCUCUGCAUGCCAUUCCCAUUUCUCUUCUACAAAUAUGGAGCUUCUAUCCGCCAGCGGUGCAAAUAUGCUGCCGAGUCGGAUCAAUAUAUGCAGAAUUUGAGGGAGCAUACAAUUCAGGAAAGAAAAGGGCUACCCAGUGGCCAGCUGUCCAAUACCGUUGCAGAGGAGGGGGCUGAGAUUAACAGAAUAGCUACAAUGUAG